CGUAAACUGCACUUUGAAACUGAAGCAGCAGUGCGGUGACCGAAUCAGAUUUGGCAAAGUUAAUUUUGCAAAAUUAUUUACCAAUUAAAAUAAGCAAAAGUUGUUAAAAAACAUUAAAAUGGCUUUGCGUUUUACCCAACGUUUAAUGCAAAAUCAAGUGCCCUUUCUGACACGUGGUUAUCCGCUGCUGGUGACCAAGGAAAAGUCCGAAGAUGUGGCGCAUACUAAAUCGUCUCUUCAAAAGAAAUGGACGGGUAUUGAUAUACCAUCUGCACAAUAUGGGGGUCGUCACGCUGUCACAAUGCUGCCCGGUGGUGGCAUAGGUCCAGAACUUAUGCAUUACAUUCGCGGGAUCUUCCGUUUCGUUGGUGCACCUGUUGAUUUCGAAACCAUAGAAAUCGAUCCUUCCACUGAGGGCAAUGAAGACUUGGAAUACGCCAUCACUUCGAUUAAGCGUAAUGGUGUUGCCAUUAAGGGUAAUAUUGAAACGAAAUCGCAUGGCUUAGAUGAGAUUUCUCGUAACGUAGCGAUCCGUAACGAACUCGACUUGUACGUAAAUGUUGUGCAUUGUCGCUCAUAUCCCGGUAUACCAUCACGCCAUAAGAACAUUGAUAUUGUACUCAUUCGUCAAAAUACCGAUGGUGAGUAUGCAAUGUUGGAACAUGAAUCCGUACGCGGUGUAGUAGAAAGCAUGAAAGUGGUUACCGUUGAAAAUGCCGAGCGCGUGGCGCGUUAUGCUUUCGAGUAUGCGCGACAGAAUAACCGCAAGAAGGUGACAACCAUCCAUAAGGCCAACAUUAUGAAGCUAUCUGAUGGCCUUUUCCUUGACGUGGCAAAAGCUGUACACAAGGAAUAUCCUGAAAUUGAACAUAACAACAUGAUUAUUGAUAACACAUGCAUGCAAUUAGUGUCCAACCCACAUCAGUUCGAUGUCAUGAACAUGACCAACUUGUAUGGCACCAUCGUUUCCAACGUUAUUUGCGGUUUAAUUGGCGGCGCUGGUCUACUCUCUGGCGCCAACUAUGGCGAUCAUUUUGCCGUUUUCGAACCUGGCACUCGUAACACGGGUACAGCCAUUGCUGGUAAGAAUAUUGCUAAUCCCGUGGCAAUGAUCAACGCCAGCGCAGAUAUGUUAAACCAUCUAGGAUGCAGAGAACAUGCACGUGUAAUCUACGAAGCAACCUAUGAAACUGUGGUUAAAGAUGGUAUCCGCACGCCAGAUUUGGGUGGUACCGCUUCUAGUACUGAUGUAGUUGAUAAUAUUCUCAAGAUUUUGGCCAAAAAGCGAGUGAACUGGCGACAAGGACAAUACCGCGAUUAAAAAAAUAGUGUACAUUAGGAAAAUUUUUAAACAUUUACGGAACCUGGAUUAUUAUUAACGAUAUUUGACUGCUGAUCAUACGUAUUAUUAAUAUUUAUAUAUGUCUUAACAACUAUAAACGCGAAUAUUAAAACGUAUUAUUCCUCAGCAACUAAGCUAAUUGGUAUACAAUUUAUAAAUAUACAUAUGUACAUAUGAUUUGAUGUCCAAAGCCAAAUAGUCCUAAAUCCAGCUUAAAAAUCCAAGUCAUAUGCCCAUGUGCCCAGCUGCAAUGUGUUUUAUUGUUAUGUCUACCCGCUUCGAUGUUCAAACCUCAAACCGAUCGUGCGCUACUAAUGAGAAAGCGUUGCAUCAAUGCCUUUGUAAAACUCCCUGUGUUGCCUGUCAGCGUAUUAGGAUGAUAAAUAGAAGAUUCAAAAAUGAUGCUUGAAUAGUAUGGCGUUGAAGAAAGGAAUUCGGCCUAACCUUUGCGUGGCGUUUGGCUUUUGCGCGUUUCCCUUUUUUCUAACCUUUAGAAGAGUAUACUUAGACAAACCCUAAUAAAUAUGUAAGCUUGUUGUAGAAUCGUUUGUUGCCAUCUCCUUAUAGUUUAAAAUUGUACUACAAGUUCUUAACUACUUAACUUUCGUUUUUAUUCAGCCGAUUGGAAAGUUGUGUAAAAGACCCACGUACAUACAUAUUUUUAUAAAUCAAUGUGUUUUUGCUUUUUUGAUUUUGUUUGAGCAGAAACAGUUAAAUUAAGAAAAAAUGAUUUGUAUUCGAACAGUACAUUAUUUCUUGAAUAAUUGUAUCGCCCUACAGUUCUGUCAACCACAAUCAUGUUAAAAUCUCAUACAGUGAGCAAAAGGCAACCUUGUUCGCAUCAAUAAAAUAACUGUAAACAAAAAAAAAA